AUGCCGAUCAUGUUCGUCUACGAGAAGGAUCUCAUAGAUCCGACACCAUCCAUUCCUCCUCUCGAGGGGAAGGUCAUCUUCAUCACAGGCGGAACAGCAGGCCUAGGCAAAGCCACCCUUCUGUCAUUGCUUGCCCGCAAGCCAUUACACAUCUACUUCUCAGGCCGCUCCCGCGUCGCCGCAGACGACCUCAUCGCCUCCGUCACGGCCGCUCAGCUCCAACCGCGACCUCUACCGAUCAAGAAACCCGCCAAUGUCGCCCCAUCAUCACCGUCGUCCCCGGACUACCCGCCCCUGACCUUCGUCCAAAUGGACCUCGCAUCACUCUCCACCGUGAAGAGGGCGAUAGAAACGACCUUCACCCACGACCGUCUCGACGUCCUCAUAAACAACGCCGGUAUCAUGGCCCACCCGCCCGGCCUCAGCGCGGACGGCUUCGAGAUCCAGUUCGCGACGAACCACAUCGGCCACGCCAUGGUCGUCCGCGCGCUGCUCCCCGUGCUGGAACGCACCGCGGCGCUCCCCGACUCCGACGUGCGCAUAGUCAACCUCACAUCCGUUGGAUAUCAGGGCCACCCGAGAGGUGGUAUCUCCUUUUCCACUCUCAAGACGACACAGGCCGGCAUACCGGUGUUGGGUAACUGGACUCGAUACGGCCAAAGCAAACUCGCAAAUAUCCUCUUCACAACCGAACUCGCCCGCCGGUACCCAGCCAUCACCACCGUCGCAGUCCACCCUGGCGUUGUCGAGACAGGUCUAGUCACAAGCCAAGGCUACAUUAACCGUAUCCUCGUCUACAUCCCCAACAAGCUUAUGGGAGCGCCGGUGCUCACGGUGGAAAAAGGGUGCUGGAAUCAGGUUUGGGCUGCGGUCGUGGCGAAGAAGGCUGAUCUUGUCAACGGGGCGUUCUACAUGCCUGUCGGACACCUGGCGAACGACAAGCUAGACAGCUGCGCGACAGAUGACAAGCUUGCGGGUGAGCUGUGGCGGUGGACGGAGGAGGUUUUGGCGGGUUUUGACUGA